AUCGCGACCAUCUUUCAGAGGACCCACGUCUUUUAGGAGCUCUUUCAACUACGAUCCUACAGUCUACAUAUAUAAUAGAAAUGGCCGACGAUGAGUUGGCCGCGCUAAAUGCUCUGGAAAAGGAAGCUUCAGAAUUCAACAAGGAUGCAGAGAUUGAUCGAAUCCGAAAAGCAUUCCCAUUAGAUGCAUACGCCAUCCUCGACCUCCAACCCGGCGUCCCUGACUCAGACAUAAAACUCCAAUACCGCAAAAAAUCCCUCCUCAUCCACCCCGACAAAACCCAGAACCCCCUCGCACCAGACGCCUUUGACCGUCUGAAAAAGGCACAAACCACUUUACUCGACGAAAAGGCUCGCGAACGACUAGAUGAAUGUAUCGCCGAUGCUCGACGAUUGCUAAUCCGCGAACAUAAAUAUACACUUGAUUCACCGGAACUGAAAACGGAGGAAUUCAAGGUUGAGUGGCGCAAGAAGACGGUUGAGGUAUUACUUGAGGAUGAGGCGAGGAGGAGACGGCAGUUGAAAGCGAAGAUGCAAGAAGAAGGUCGCGAGAAGCAGAAGGAGGAGGAAGAGAUGGAGGCGAGGAAGAGGAAGAGAGAGGCUGAUCAGGCUUGGGAGGCUACGCGAGAUGAGAGAAUAGGUAGUUGGAGAGAUUGGCAGAAGGGGAAGCAGAAGGACAAGGAAGGUGGGAAGAAGAAGAAGAAAAUGAAAGUCUUAGGAUAGGCGUGGUCGAUUUGACAACGACACGGCGUUCUGGUUGUAUUGGUCAUAAGGAGUAGCGUUGAGACUUUUUCUUCUUUUCCCCCCUAUAAACUCAUAUGAUGGGUCCUUUGAAAUUUAUUCCAUGAAUAAAUCUCGAUUUUAUUUAUUCUUUCGAGUACCCUACCAUA